AUGUGCGGUGGCAGUAAUCACGAUCACGGCAGGUGUAGAUACGAAGCUGCGUUCCACGCCUUUCAAAUGCAAAAGCAGCAGCUACAUACCCCGUCAGCAGAUGUUAAGCGAGAUGGUCUAAGACGAUAUUCCGGUGAGAUGCAGCCGGAAACGAAGGAUCGGAAGCGAAUCAGGGAACUGGUGAAGGCGGAGAAGGUUGCUCGAGAUAUAGAUUAUCAUGAUAAUAUAUUAUCAUCUCACCAGAAGGUUAAUCUAGAAGAAGUGAUUGUUGGACGAGCAUGUUCUACCAAUGUGUUUUUAUAUAGUUGGUUAAAAGGGGUGGAAUAUUGGUACCCUCUAAAUUAG